GCAUCGUCUCCUCUUUGUUAAUUGUUGAUCAACAUAACAUUAAUUUUAGGGGUUUUUAUUUUUAUUUUGAGUUUGACACAUGAUUUUACGCUCACUUGUUAUAGUUGUAUGGACGCUAGUAUAAACUGAUCAUCCAUGCAUUUACAUUGUAAAUUCAUCCCGUGUUAGCUUGUAUGAGGGUCCAUUUUGUAAUAAUUACAAGUAGAGGGGUGUUAACUGUAGUGUCAACUAACUCUAUGCAAAAGUUAGUUGACACUGAUAGUAUAAUAGUUGAAAUGCUAAUAAGAUCUGUAUGCAAAAGCACAUGGCAUUAUGGCCUAGUGGCAUCUUGGGGAUGGGAUAAGGCUUUGGGGCCCAUUAGGUCCUGGGUUCGAUUCUCACAAAAGGGGUUUUUUCCUAGAUGUAUUGGAUUUCCUCCUGAAUUGGUGUAUAGGCAUUAUAGCCUAGUGGAGAUGGAUAUGAUCGGGUGGUUCUACUGGUGGCACGAUGAUACUCCAGUGCUUCUGGAGAAGACAUGAUGCUCGUGGUUUAGCAACGGAAAAGAUAGCGACAUACGUUGAGUUAGGAGAGAAUGGAUUCCAGGCAUGGUAAAGUUAGAAUGAAAGUAGAAGGUGAUAGACUAAGCACCUUGCCAGACGAUCUUAUCCAUAAAAUCCUCUCUUUCAUUGACAUUAAACAUGCGAUCAGAACAAGUGCUUUGUCAUCUAGAUGGAGGUAUAUUUGGACUUCAAUGCCUUGUCUUAGUUUCUCAAAUGAGCAUUUCCAUUCAUUGCCCGAGUUCUCCGAAUUUGUUACACAUGUUCUGUCUGCCCGAAACAAUCAAACGGAAGUGCAUUCUGUCAAGCUCGCUUUUCGUGGAAAGGCUAGCCAGCCGUUUGUAAAAAGAAUUUUGAACUAUGCAUUCUCCCACAAUGUCCAACAACUGAAUAUCACUUUCUUGCAUGAAGAUUAUAUGACCAAAACCUAUCUUUCUGCAUUUAGUUCUCAGUCUCUUAAAAAUCUCACUCUGUCUAGGUGUGGUUGUGCUUGCGAAGAUUUCAUCACCACCUCACCUUCUUGGUAUCUGCCAGCUUUAACAACAUUGAAUCUCCAUCAUUGCUCGUUCUUUGGUGAGAAAUAUCCUGGUCUUUUCUCCAAGUGUGCAAACUUGAAGAAUCUCACCUUAAAGAAUUUCAAUACGAUGAAAUUUCAUGGUUUUAAUAUAAUUCAUCCUAGAUUAUCUAGUCUAACACUUGAAGAUGGUUGUAUUGAUGUCAAUGUGGCUACGCCUCAACUUAAGAAUCUCACUGUGAUAAACUGGUCAAGGAUGCAUUUGGUCGAUGCACCCGAUCUUGCCUCCUUGCAUUAUAAAGAUCAUUAUGGUAAACUUUUGAAGUUUUCUACUGAGCUUCGUCACUUGGAGAAGGUGGUUGUAUGUAUUCAAUGUUCCAAUGAAGAUAAGGAAUAUACUCGUAACAUUGUUUGUCUUCUUCAACAGCUCCGUAGUGUCAAAUUUCUUACACUUAACUUGGAACUUGUCAAGCAUCUUUCUUCAUCAGUGGAAUUAAUUUCACAUCAACCUUCGCCAUUUACUAACUUAAAGAGUUUAAAGAUUUAUCCAACUGAUGUUACCAAGCCAGAAGUAACCAUGUCUACUGAAGUCAAAAACUAUUUGCUAGGUAGUUCUCAAGGUGCCACCUUCACAUUGGUUUCAUAUGAGGAGGUUAGAGCUGUGAUGGAUGUUACAUCAGCACGAAACCUUAUGACAAAAUUGAAGGUGCUACUAGAUCAAUGGCAAGAAUAUAGUGAAACUAAGAUGGCUCAUAUAGAGCAAGACGAGGCACCAAUGGAGACGGUACAUGAGCAAGUGAAAGUGGAAGAACAGACAGACACGAAAAUGAAGUGGCAUUUUGGGGGAAGAAUGGCACAAAUCAAAAGCUAUUGGGGAGAUCUGAAUGAUCAGUGUGAGAAAGCGUCUAAUAAUAUGGGCCUCAUAAGUUCAAUGUUGCAAGAGACUAUAGAAGUAAUGACAAGGCUGCCUACAUCACAUCAGGCUAAGUUGCAAGAAAGGUUUUUUGGUUUGUCUGCAGAGGCUGAGACUAUCAUGGAAGGUGUGAUGGAUCGCAUGAAGAUCCUAUUUGAUAAGAGACCGAGCCAUUCAAAUGUCUACUUUCAUGAACUUGCAGCAUCACAAUCGCUUUCUUGACAAAUUCGAACCACCGGUUUCUACAAGAAAGGACGGCUAAUAUAGGAGCUUAUGAUUUUUAGCGGGCUAGAGCUAUGGUCGGCAACCCUUUUGGAGCAAUUUGGGAUGGUGAAGUGACGUUAUAUAUUUUUUGUGCUUGUGAACUUAUUAUAUCUUAAGACAUGUUUUCUUUUGCUACUACUGCUACCGUACGUAGGAAUUUACCUAUAUGAAAGGCUUAAAUGGUUCUUGUAAUUAAGUCUACUGGCACUCUUACUGAUCUUUGGUUUGUAAUAUCUUCAGUUAUGGUACUUACCUAUAUGAAAGGCUUAAAUGGUUUUUGUAAUUAA